CAUAAAAUUAUGAGGAUUAUGAACACGCACGUCAUAAUGUAACAUAAAACUAACACAAGGAAUCUUCAGAUCUUGUUGCACAUCUCUCAGUGGAGCCAGUGCCAUUAUUGUCAAGACUAGCUUCAUUAACAUGUGUUUUGUUCGAUAUCAAGCAAUUUCAACAGAUUUCAAUAAAGCACGCAAGUGAAAGAACUGAAAAUGACUCUCUCGAUUGAUGAAGUAUUUCAAGAAAUUGGUGAAUUUCAUAAGUUCCAAUGGUUGAUGCUCACCAUUAUUGGUUACACCGUUUUUGCAACUGGUACAUUUCCUGUGAUGAUUGUUACAUUCAUCACUGCAGAACCAAAUUGGCAAUGUGUGAAAGGAUAUAACAGUUCAAUCUGUAAUUUUAACGAAUCCAUUGGUUUGACCAGUAAAUAUUAUAAAGACAGAUGUGACAUGCCAAGAGAGGCAUGGACAUAUGUAGAAGGCUUUACAUCUACUGUGACAGAGUAUGAUUUGGUGUGUGAUAAGUCCAUUCUUCAAUCAGUUGCGCAAUCAUGUUAUUGGGUUGGAGUACUUCUUGGCUUAUUACUUGGUGGUUAUCUCUCUGAUAAAUUUGGUCGAAGAAAGAUUUUUAUUUGUGGAGUAAUUUCUGUAACUGUUGCAACAUGGAUCAUGAUUUUCCCGAAGUCUUUUGUAGUGUUUAUUGUUUGUCGAGUUUUUAUAGGAAUAAGUUCAGGAAUUUAUUAUACCGUCGCUUUUGUUUUGCUCGCGGAAUUCACCACAGCGAAGUAUCGAGCAAGGAUUAGUAUUUAUUCAUUUCUUUUCUGGAUAGCUGGACUACUGGUUCUUGCUUUGAUUGGAUACCUUGUUCCUGACUGGAGACAUUUUCUCUUAGUUACUGCUUGCUUUGCUGUACCUUGUUUGUUUAUUUCUUGGCUUGUCCCGGAAAGCAUUCGUUGGUUGCAACUUCAUGGAAAAGAUGACGUGGCAAAAAAACAAUUAGAGAAAGUUGCUCACAUAAAUGGGAAAGAAAUGCCAAGUGGAGAUUUGGAAAUUUUUGAAAACACUGCACAAUCUGGAAGCCUUAAGCAUCUUUUCAAUUGGAAACUUUCUAAAACCUUACUUAUUUCAUGGAAUCUAUGGUUUUCCACUGCCUUAGUUUACUAUGGAAUUUCUUACAGCUCAGUUGACAUUGGUGGAAACAGAUAUCUAAAUUUUGCUUUAACAAGCAUUGUCGAGUUACCAUCCUACAUAUUGUGUAUGGUCACUGCUAACAAAUUUGGACGGAAAAAAACAGUGAUUGUUGCUCUGAUUAUGGCUUUCUUGGCUUCUCUUAUAUCUGUUUUGAUACCAGAUGAUCAUUCAAAUAAUGGGUAUAAUGGUGCAAGGAUUUUUUUGACGUUUUUGGCAAAGUUUUUCAUCUGCAUGUCAUUUUCUGGAAUUUAUAUUUGGAAUUUAGAAUUGUUCCCUACUUGUAUCAGAACAAUGAGUUUAAGCACAUCUUCGGGUGCAGGAAGAUUUGGAUCUUUUGCUGCAAGUUACAUCGUAUGGCUGAUUCGUGUUAAUCCCAUUCUUCCAUAUGGGAUUAUGGGUAUAAUUUGUCUCCAAGCAGCCAUCUUGGUAAUGUUUCUUCCCGAGACAAAAGGAAAACCAACAUUAGAAACACUCGAUGACAUGUUACAAGACAGCACAAAGAAAGUGCAAUCAGAUAAUUCGAUUGAUAAAACUGAUUUUAAUGCAGACAACAAUGAAUAAAUUAUCUUAUUUUUUAUCUAAAUUUUUUAUUUUCAAUCCUUCGCUCGGUUAUAAUUACAAUGAUUCUGAACUUUUAUGCGGCGUUAGUUUAUUGUAACAUUUGUUCAGGCGUAACAAAGUUAUGAAUAAAUUUUUCUUCUGUCAAA